AUGAAUUUGAUGAACAUCCUAACUCCUGAAAUAUUCUAUGUUCUCGAUAAGCACUUCCAACAACCACUCAAAAAUGUGCCAAAGGUCUCUCUCCGUUUUCUGAAACUCUUUUAUGCAUGGAUCAGCAUCGCUUCAAUUUGGUACAUUGUCUUCGGAGCAUGGUUCCUUCGUGGAGCUGGAUCAUGGUACUCCUGCAUGACAGUUGUCUUGGCUGUCAUCCUCUCACUCGCAUUCUUCUACGAAUCCGAUGGACGAGGUUGGAAGAAGUUCGCGACCCUCUGCGUCUUCUGCGCUAUUCCACGCCUUCUGGUCUCUCCAAUCUACGCCGUGGCAAAGGUCCAGACAUCAAAUGUCAAUGGAACUCAGACUCCAGACUUUGUUGAAGCCUUCCACAACAUAUCUCUCUCGGGAUUCAAGGAGAAGCACAAUGACAUCAGCAUGAUCUGGUUCGUCUACUACUACAAUUUCAUGUUGAUCUUCAUAACAAUUCAAAGAGUCUCGGUUCGCAAGGCACUCGAUGAGAAGAAACAAAAGGUCUACGCGGAGACUCUGGUUGUCGAGGAGGCUCAAAGAGCCGAUGUCAAGCAAGGCACUGGACCAAUGCACAUUUGA